GGUUUGGGUGUGGCUCGUUAUAUUGCAGGUUCAGCCCCGCCUACUACAAUGUCUGCUUUGUCCAGAAGAGUAAAUUAUUUGUUGAAUAAUGCGGCCAGUGUAAUAAACAGAGCCUUCACUGCUGGAGCUAAUAAUAGUAACACUGAAAAAAUGACGUCAUUCGGAUUUCAACAGGUCUCAGAAAAAACUAAAGCCACAAAAGUCCAAGAGGUGUUUAGCAGUGUUGCUGCUAAUUAUGAUUUGAUGAAUGAUGUAAUGUCCCUUGGUCUUCAUCGCCUUUGGAAAGAUUACUUUGUAACGAAACUAGCUCCGCCCACAGGAUCAAAGAUAAUAGACGUUGCUGGUGGAACAGGUGAUAUUGCUAGUCGUAUUGUGCAGUAUAGUGACCGGAGAGUGGGCGGAGCUGAAAGCAGUGAUGAAGAGUUACAAGUUACUGUCGUUGAUAUUAACAAGGAGAUGCUUACGGAAGGAGAAAAGAGAUUUAAAAAUAACGAAAAUAUUAAGUGGGUUCAUGGCGACGCCCUCUCCCUCCCUUUCCCCUCAAAUCAUUUUGAUGCUUAUACUAUCGCCUUUGGGAUCAGGAACGUGUCAAAUUUUGAACAAGCUUUAUCUGAAGCUUAUCGUGUCAUUAAAGAAGGGGGCAGGUAUUUGUGUAUGGAGUUCAGUCAAGUGGACAAUAUAGCACUGAAGAGUUUUUACGAUGCUUACUCGUUCCAGCUGAUACCAGUCUUUGGUGAGUUGAUUGCUCAAGACAGACCAGCCUACCAGUACCUCGUGGAGAGCAUCAGAGAAUUCCCUGACCAGGAAAGUUUUUCAAAUAUGAUCGAAGGUGUUGGAUUCGUUAAUGUAAAUUACGAGUCUCUUCUUGGAGGUGUGGUCGCAAUACACUCGGGUUUUAAACCAAAAUAAAAUCAAAUAAAUAACAGUUCAUAUAAAUACAUGUUGUUAUUAUUAUCAUUAUUAUUAUCUGUUAAUAAUUGAAUAACUCUUGA